UCAUCCCCAGUCCGAAAGUCAGCGACACUGUCGUGGAGCCGUACAACGCGGUCUUGUCUUUCCACCAGCUGGUGGAGAACGCGGACGAGUGCUUCCUGUUGGACAACGAGGCGCUGUACGACAUUUGCUUCCGCACGUUGAAGCUGACCACUCCGACCUACGGGGACCUCAACCACCUGGUGAGCGCGGCGAUCAGCGGCGUGACCACGUGCCUGCGCUUCCCGGGGCAGCUCAACUGCGACCUGGGUCGGCGAAUCGCCGUGAACCUGAUCCCGUUCCCGCGGCUGCACUUCUUCAUGACAGGUUUCGCCCCGCUCACGUCGAGAGGCUCCCAGCAGUACCGUGCUUUGACGGUGCCCGAGCUCACGCAGCAGAUGUUUGACGCGAAAAACAUGAUGUGCGCAGCCGACCCGCGCCAUGGCCGCUACUUGACUGCCGCUGCGCUGUUCCGCGGUCGCAUGUCCACGAAGGAGGUGGAUGAGCAGAUGAUGUUCAGAACAAGAAUUCGUCGUACUUCGUCGAGUGGAUCCCGAAUAACAUCAAAGCGUCCGUAUGCGACAUUCCCCCCAAGGGCCUGAAGAUGGCGGUGGCCUUCGCCGGCAAUUCCACUGCGAUCCAGGAGAGGGGGAGAAAUGUUCAAGCGAGUUGCUGAGUAUUUCACGGCCAUGUUUCGUCGCAAGGCGUUCUUGCACUGGUACACAGGAGAGGGGAUGGACGAGAUGGAGUUCACCGAGGCCGAGAGCAACAUGAACGAUUUGGUGUCUGAAUAUCAGCAGUACCAGGAUGCCACCGCUGAGGAGGAGGGUGAGUUCGACGAAGAGGAGGAUGGCGAGCAGUAAGUAUGGAUCGUACCCUUGCUUUGCAACUCGUGUGAACCAUCAACAGGGUUCAUCUAAAGUCGCUGCGUGAGCAAGUUGCGAGCAGGUCGUGGAGGGACAGCGUGUUUCCACGCUGUCUCUCACGGCCCUGUUCGUUUUCCACGCAGGGGUUCGCGCGUUUUCCGCGCUGAGCUCCUAUUUUGCACUCGCACAAUACAUCUCUAGACUCGGGAUGGCCGAAUUGCUAGACCGCGUCUUGUCCCUUUCACCGUGCCUUCGCGCUGGCAGAGAAAAUAGACUCCGCUUUUCCUGCAGCGUGGGAAGCCACCCGCCGUCGCGGUCUCUCUCCUCGGCCUCCCCGAGCCUCGUCCUCUCCCAAGGGCGCGACGUGCCACUCCUCCUUUCUCGCUGGUGCCUGGCUCAAGCGGUUCCGAUUGAGGCUGCCACAUCACGCGGCAUUUUUGUGCGCAUUCGCUCCCUGUCCGACCUCUUCAUUGCUCGAGAAGCCCUUUCGACCCCAUGCGUGAGGCGAUCUGCAUCCGCAUUGGCCAGGCUGGCGUGCAGAU